AUGCGAAAUAAUUAUCGCAUAGAGCCAAUGUCAGCUGAUAUAUCUUCAACUUUCAAUCAAUCUGGAAUUCAACCUAAUUAUAUUCGAACGACUGACGAUAAUCAUAAUAUUAGCACUGGUGCAAGUUUGUCGUGUGAGAAAUACAAUUCUAUUAAGAACUAUUUUCAAAAGAUUUUCAAGAAAUAUCACUGCCCUCACGUGGAAAAACGUGGUGUCGAACGUAUUUCACCAGAAGAUCGUACUGAUUUAACAAUUAUGAACACAGCAAUGAUAUAUGUGGGUGCGAGUAUAAUUGUACCGACUUUUGUUACUGGAAUACUUGGUCCUGCAGUAUUUAAAUUGGAUCUGUACACUUCAUUUGUAACAAUUAUUAUUUUCAAUUUACUUGGUUUUAUUCCAACAGGAAUAAUGGCUUGUUUUGGUCCAGCAUCUGGUUUACGUACAAUGAUCUUUUCUCGUUACAGUUGGGGUUAUUAUGGUGCUUCUAUGGUGUCAAGUAUUAAUGUUAUUGCUGCUCUAGGUUGGGCAGCUAUUAAUAGUAUCACUGGUGCACAAACGUUACGUGUUGUAUUUGAUGAUUCAUUACCACUAUCAGUUGGUAUUAUUAUUAUAAGUUUCGUAUCAAUGAUCGUUUCAUUUGUAGGUUAUAAGUGGAUCCAUACUUAUGAACGAUAUUCAUGGAUACCAAUAUUUAUAGCAUAUUGUAUAUUAGCUGGAGUUGGUGCAAAAUUUUUUACUCAUUCUCAAACGGUGUUUCGUGCUGAAACUAAAUCAGAUAAUGAAAAUCAUUAUCAGAAAAUAAUUCGUAUUAUAAAUUUUGGCAUGAUAUGCUUAGGUGGUUCAGUCAGUUGGUGUACAUAUGCAGCUGACUACAAUACAUAUUUUCCCGAACACACAAGCCACUUAAAAAUCUUUUUAUUAACUUACAUCGGUAAUAUUAUAUCAGUAAUUCCAUUACAAUUCCUUGGGGCAGCUGCAUAUAGUGGCACAUAUACAAAUUCAAAAUGGGCUGAUGCUUAUAGAAUUAAUAAUGUAGGUGGAUUAUUAGGUGCUAGUCUUUCUCCACUCCGUGGCUUUAGAAAAUUUCUACUUAUUCUAUUCGCAUUAUCAACCGUUGCAUGUAAUAUACCAAAUGUUUAUUCUUAUUCAUUAUCGAUACAAGCAAUUGCACCAAUAUUUGAACGUGUACCACGUUUUCUAUAUACAGUAAUUGGUACUGUAAUCUACGUUCUAAUGGCUAUUUUUGCUGCAAAUAACUUUAAUGAGUCAUUAACAUCAUUUAUAUCUUUAAGUUUAUAUUUUUAUGGAAUAUUUACUGUUAUUGUAUUGGAAGAUCAUUUAAUAUUUCGACGUUGUUCAUUUAAAAAUUAUAAUUUUAAUAUUUGGGAUAGUCGUAAAAAAUUACCAAUUGGUUUAGCAGCAAUUUUAUCAAGUUUCGUUGGAAUAGUUGGUAUUGUACUUGGAAUGUCUCAAACUUGGUUUAGUGGACCAGUUGCAAAAGCUAUUGCAAAUGGUAGUGGUGAACAAGGUGCAGACGUUGGCUUUAUAUUCGGACUUAUAUUUACAGGUGUUGCAUUUCCACUAUUUCGAUUUAUUGAACUGUAUUAUAUUAGACGAUAA